AUGUUGGUCUCCGAUUUGGACAUUAGGAUGUACGCCAACACAUUUGUGGUUUACUGCGCGGGUAUGCACCGCUCUUCAAUGAACCUCUGUGACGUCAUCUUGGAUCGCUGGUCCUGGGACUCGCCGAAGAUCACAUCAUCCUCAAACUGGAAACUGCUUGGCCGCGUGACGCUGAAACCCCCUGAAGGGACAUCGCUAGCCGACGACGAUGGUCUUCUGCUGGUCGCGAACCAGAGAUCAUUGGUUUGCGCUGCUAGGAGUGCUUUCCCACGUGAAGCGAGGAUCUCGAAGGCCCUGUUUUGUGGCUGCACGUCCUUCGAGUCUUCGCGCCACUAUGCCAGCGCCGCCAGCGAGCUACUUCGGGACACCCAGGAGAUAUACAUCGUGCACAACAGGGAUAAGGUUUACAAACUGAUUCGCAUGUUCCCGAACGCGAAGGUCCUUGCCCUGCCGCACGAUCUUUGCACGCAUGCCUUGGAAUUGGACGAGCCCCGCAGGGACCGCUCCGCACCGCUGGUCGACCGAUCUCAGCUGAGGGAGCUGGUGGGCAGUAUGCGUAGUCUGUCCGAAGGCUGCAUGCGCCUGAGCCGCGAGACUACGCUGGCGGUCAUGCUUACAUGCCCUCAGCUGCGCCGCAUCGACUCCCGUUGGGUAGCGAAUUGCUUCAUGGAGCUGCAUGGCUUGCCUUCUUCGAUAGAGCUUCCAAUGCCAACGAACUUCACCCACCUCUGCUUAUACUCUAAGGAAUACAUGACAAGUGGGGGCAAACAAAGCCCUAGCGAUGGCAGCUGACGUUUCUCUUGUCGCGAAGAAGUUUUCGGCCGUCCACAGAUUGCAGGUGGGCGUAGGCUCGUCGGUAAUGCUCGCCAAGAUCUCGGCAUUCCGCAACCUACGCAGCCUCAUGUUGGCAUUGGAUCUUUGCAUUGUCUUCGCCGACGUGCAUUUGGAACUGAAGCGGCUGCUUACAAU